UGAGAGAUGUUUACAAACAGCAAACUGUCAGAAACAAAUUGAAGACGUCGUCGCAAAUUAGCAUAUAUCAUAAUUAAUUUUCCCAGUCGUGUGGACGCUCACAACAGCCUUUAGCGGACAUACAUUUAAUACUUGAAUAGUAUUUUAGCUGUGUGUGUGGGGGCAGAGAGAUAAAGCUGAGCAGGUGCAGUGUCUAAGUUACACAGAGGUGUUGGCUGUGGGCAGUCAGCAGGACACAUGGCAGAGGAAGGCCACAAGCUGACACUGAGGCGCCUUGAGGCACCAAUCCUCAAGUUCAUUAAAGUAGCUCUACCCACGGACCUGGAGAGACUGCAGAAACACCACGAUAACAUACUGAAGUACCAGCACAGCCAGCAAUGGGUCCGCCUUCAUCAGGAGCAUAUCAAUGCCAGCCGAACUGUUCAGCAGUUAAGAGCAAAUAUGAGAGAGAUGGAGAAGCUGUGCACCCGGGUCCGUGCCGAAGACGCCGCCGCCCUAGAGAGGCUUAUCAAGCCAGUCAGAGACCGAGCGUCAGCCGCCACACAAGACUUUCUGAAUUUGCACUCUAACCCCGUCCCUCAGCCUGCACCAGCAUUGCCACCUGCUGCUCAGCCGUCCAGCUGUGUGUCCAGCAGUUAUCACGAUGAUGACGAUGGGGACGAGGGCCCUGUGUCUGGCAGGCAAAUUCAGCUCCACCUUCCAGAAAUCCCUGCUGAUCAGAGCGCGGCUGAGUCGUGGGACAACCUGGAAGAGGGUCUGAAGGAGCUGAGUGGUUUGGUGACAGAGUUCUCUCUGCUCGUCCAUUCCCAGCAGGAGAAGAUUGACAGCAUAGAGGACAACGUCAACACAGCCGCUGCCAACGUGGAGGAGGGGACCAAGAGCCUGGGGAAGGCGGUGGGCUACAAGUUGGCGUUGCUGCCGGUUGCCGGGGCGUUGCUGGGUGGAGUAUUAGCAGGUCCACUGGGCCUGCUGGCUGGGUUUAAAGCUGCAGGGGUGGCUGCUGCUCUGGGGGGGGGUGCCCUGGGAUAUGCAGGGGGCAACGUGGUCCAAAAACACCGCAGAGCCCAAGUGGAUCUACAGAUGAAACAGCUGACAGCACCACCAUCAGAAGAACCAGCCGAAUCAGAGUCAAGCAAAGACAAAUGACCAAACGUGUGUAUGUGUGGUCAGUCGUCUCUGAGCUCAGGUGGUGUCUGAUCACUGCCUGACGCGGUACAAACCAGACCUCCACCCUGCUCAGACCACCUCACAGACUCAAUAUUAGGUGUCAGCGCCAAGUACUGCUGUAAAACUUUUAUGCAAGAUAAGCCUAAAUGCAACAGUCAAAUACUUUGAUUUUUGGGCUUGAAUGCUGUUUCUGUGAGGACAUUAAUCUAAUUUUGUUCAAACUGACUUUUUUUAAUUCUCAAGUUAUUUACACUACAGCUUUUAGUGUGUGGUUUGGUCAUCCUGACAUGGCUCUGAGCCAAAUAAAUUAAGUCAAUUUCACUGAACCAACCAUUCCGUGAAAUGGUAUCACUACCAACAGCAUUGUGUGUGUUCGUGAAGCUGCCAUCUUUUUUCAGAUCCUUUAUUAUCAUGUUUUGUCAUUUUGUCUCAAAAUGUGUGUAUGCAGGAAUAACUGUCCCAUUGUGAGCAGCUGUAGUACUGAGACUACAAUAAGGCAUGGAAAAUGUUUUAAUGUCACUCUGCUGUUAUGUUUACUUAAUCCAACUUUAAGUGGCACUUCUUCAAUGUUUAUAUAAAUAAUGUUGUAAAUAGGGGCUGUACAUAGGGACUUGUUCUUGUGAAGUAUGGAAGCGAAAUUGCACAAAACCCGCCCAAAGUGCCACUUUCCAGAUCACUUCAGUGACUGGAGUGUAAAAACCUGCCACGCAUUGAUUACAGUGCUGCUGGUUUCUCUGCCAAAUAAAAUGUUGUCUUGUCAA